CACCACCAACCCCCCAUCACAACGCACAAGCCUCUCCCAGUCAAAGCAGAGCCCCUCCUAUACCAUUAGAGCGCCGCCCUCCAACACCGAAUUCACUCGCGCUCGCUACAAGUUCCAAGAGCCGGCGUCGGCACCGUUAAACGCACGCGGAACCUCCACCUCCACGCGUGCGUGCGGGUCAGCUGCAUUUCGAGGGUUCGUGGGUGGGGGUGGUGUUGGUGGUCCACCAAUUUUCCAAUGGGGAUGUCCAGGGCUGUAGCCAGGGCGAGAUCCCCUGCGGGCUAUGCAGCCCUGCCCGCUGCCCUCCUGUGCCUGGCCGCUGCCCUCCUCGGCUGCGCGCGCGGGCUGAGCCGGGAUGAGCUGCUCCAGCACGGAGAGAGGUCGGGUGACCAGGUGCUCCCGAGCGGGGACGACGCCAGCUUCGGACCGCUGCGGUUCGCUCAACCCCUGUUCCUCUACUCGACGCCCUACAGCGAGCUCUACGUGGGUACGAACGGAGUGCUUUCGCCUCUGCCGCUGCCGAGCCAGGCGCAGUACGUGGACGAGGCCUUCCCCACCAACUUCCCGGCCAUCGCCCCUUUCCUGGCCGACCUGGCCACGUCGGCGGAGUCCCGGCGCGGCCGGGUGCUCUUCCGGCACGAGAGCGUGUCGGCCGCGACCACCCAGGCCCUCUGGAGGGCCGGGGAGAUAGUCCGCUCCGCCUUCCCGGCGAUCGUGGGGUUCUCGCCCAGUGAGAUUGUCGUGGUCACGUGGGACCAGGUGGGAUCCUACCAGGAGCCCGAUUCGCACAAGGCUAACACGUUCCAGGCAGUUGUUGCGUGGGACCAUGCGGACACGUACGCUCUAUUCCUCUACCCGGAGGACGGCCUGCGCUUCUUCGGGACGCGGCCACGCGCCUCCUUCUACGCCAACCUGGAGUUGCCGGCUCGCGUCGGCUUCAGCGGUGGAGCGAGCGACGGAGCAGCGGAAGGGCGCGCCUACUCGCUCACCAGCACGGAGCAGUCGGUGAAGAACCUCUACCAGACGGGGAACUCUGGAACUCAGGGCGUUUGGGUUUUCCACAUAGGCAGUGCCUCCGGAUUAGAGGACAUUGAACCGGCGAAGAGUUCAGAAGAAGUCUGGCAACUGCAACACCAAUACAAUCUUGCUCCUUUGCCUAAGUGGGACUUGCAAGAUCCUGCCAACGGAAAUGACGACUUCUACCCGGUGUACACCGACGAAACCGACCUCGAUGACCUGGAGGAGCACCCGAGGCCCGCGGCGCCCACCCAGCCCGCACCCCGUGCCCAACCGCCACCUUACCCAGAAACAUACCCCUACCCGUACCCGGCACCCGGCCACCGCAUCACCCAGCGCUACCCGGACCCUUACGGCGCCGACGAGCGGACGCAGCAGCUUCCCGACGGCCAGCAGACUCACGACGGUCACCGAGAACCGGAGCGGCAUCCCGAGCGGCAGUGGCACGAGCAGCCUGGGGAGCACGGCCGUCGAGAGGGAGAUCCACAGCAGAGCGUCGACGAGCGGCAAUAUCACGUCCAGCAGUCUUACCCUGACCCUCAACUACAGCCUUACCAUGACCCCCAACCACAUCCUUACCCUGACCAGCAACCACAGCCUUACCCUGAGUCCCAACCACAGCCUUACCCUGACCAACAACCACCGCCUUACCCUGAGUCCCAACCACAGCCUUACCCUGAGUCCCAACCACAGCCUUACCCUGACCAACAACCACCGCCUUACCAUGCGUCCCAACCACAAUAUUACCCUGAAUCCCAACCACAACCUUACCCAGAGUCCCAACCACAGCCUUACCCUGAGUCCCAACCACAGCCUUACCCUGAGUCCCAACCACAGCCUUACCCUGAUCCCCAGAGUUACCCAGAGUCAGGCAGAGGCGACGUAGCGCAGGUGCCGCGCUACAACCACUACGUCCCCCCUCGUCAGGGCUGCGACACGGGCCGUGCGGAAUGUUCCCCCCUGGCCGAAUGCACGGAGCACGCGACUGGAUUCUGCUGCCACUGCCGGUCGGGACAUCUGGGCAACGGAAAGGACUGCUUCCAGGACGGCCACCCCCAGCGGGUCAACGGCAAAGUGCGCGGCCGCGUGAGGCUCGGCGGCGUGGAGUCCGAGCUGGCCGAGGCCGACCUGCACGCCUACGUGGUGUCGGCGGACGGGCGCGUCUACGCGGCCGUGAGUCGCGUGCCGCCGGGCCUGGGCUGGGCCCUGCAGCUGCUGCCCUCGCUCGCCUCGCCCCUCGCCUGGCUCUACUCGCCCGGGCAGGGCGGUCAGCGCGGCUUCGGCGUUGCCGGCGGGCGCCUCGUGCAGCGCGCGACCGUGACGUUCUCGCCGGGCGGCGAGCGUCUGCACGUGACGCAGCGCUUCUCCGGGCUCGACCCGCGCGGGUACCUGGCCGCCAGCGUGGAGCUGUCGGGAAGCCUCCCCUACGUGGAGCCGCUAGCCCGCGUCGACUCCGGCCCCUACACCGAGAUGUACCACCAGAACCACGCCGGCUCGAUGUCCGCGCGGUCGCAGCAGCAGCUGACGGUGACCGCCAACGGCGAGCAGACCUCGCUGGUGCUGGACCUGGCCCAGAACCUGACGUACGACGCCGUGGCGCCAGCGUGCGCUCGCUCCGGCGACGCGCCCCCGGCCUUCGUCAUGGAGCGCGUGUUUGCGCUGUACAACCCCAGCGAGAGCGUGCUGCGCUACUCCAUCACGGGCAGGAGGAGCGCCCAUGCAGAGCGGCCCCCCGCCCCGCCGAGGGACCCCUGCGCGGAGCGGACGCACGGCUGCGGUGAGAACGCUCGCUGCCUCCCCGGCGCCGGCCCCGCCGAGUACCGAUGCGAGUGCCUGCCAGGCUUCGACGGCGACGGCCGGUACUGUUACGAGCGGCCCCCUGCCCCGCCGAGGGACCCCUGCGCGGAGCGGACGCACGGCUGCGGUGAGAACGCUCGCUGCCUCCCCGGCGCCGGCCCCGCCGAGUACCGAUGCGAGUGCCUGCCAGGCUUCGACGGCGACGGCCGGUACUGUUACGAUGUGGACGAGUGCCGGGCGAACCCGUGCGGGACGUCGAGCCGCUGCGAGAACUUCGCCGGCUCCUACCGGUGCGGGCCUCCCGAGUGUCCCCAUGGCUACCAGCCGACUCCCGAGGGGCACAGUUGCGCAGAUACCGACGAAUGCCAGGUGAGCCGUUGCGGUCCGUACGGCCAAUGUGAAAAUCUACCGGGGUCGUACAGAUGCCACUGUUCGGCCGGCUACCAGCCAAGUCCCGACGGAUACACCUGCACAGAGCAAGCCCCCCCGAGCGAUCCGUGCCGGGAUGGCAGAAACAACUGUGCACCUCCAGACCGGGCCCGUUGCCUGCACGUGGGCGGAGAGGAGUUCACGUGCAUCUGUCUACCCGGUUACUGGGGCAAUGGCCACCGCUGCGACGACGUGGACGAGUGCGUGACGCGCGUGUGCCACAACGAUGCCACGUGCCACAACACCCCCGGCUCCUUUGCCUGCCGCUGCAACCAGGGCUAUGACGGGGACGGUUUUAACUGCGCGCCCGUGACCACAGAGGCCCCGUCCCGGCAGCGCACGCCGUGCGAGCAGUGGAGGGACAGCGUCCUUGGCGCCGCCAGCCCCCGCGGCCCGCGCCCGCCCAUCGUGGGCCGCUACGUGCCGCAGUGCGACGAGCACGGCGCCUUCCGGCCCGUGCAGUGCCACGGCGGCACGGGCAACUGCUGGUGCGUGACGCGCGACGGGCAGGAGGUGCCGGGCACGCGCAGCCCGCCCGGAGCCGAGCCGCCGUGCCUCCCGACGAGCGCUCCGCCGGUGCUCGACCCGACGACUCGCCCCGUGGUCCACCCGGGCCCUCCCGGCACGCAGCUGCUCUACGCCCAGGGGCAGCAGAUCGGCACGGUGCCGCUGCACGGCACCAGCAUGCACGCGGGCGACGCCAGGAUCCUGGUGUCCGUCCACGGAUCGGUGAACGUGGGCAUCGACUUCGACUGCGUGGAGGGCAUGGUCUACUGGACCGACGUGGUGGGACGCACCAUCAACCGCGUCGGCCUGCGCGGCGGAGAGCCCCAGAGCAUCAUCUCCACCGACCUCAUGAGCCCGGAGGGACUGGCGAUCGACCACAUAAGCCGCAACAUCUUCUGGGUGGACUCGGGAACGGACCGCGUGGAGGUGGCGCGCCUGGACGGCUCGUCACGCCGCACGCUCGUCGCCUCCGACCUCGUGAACCCACGCGCCAUUGUCGCUGACCCCGUGCAAGGGAUGCUGUACUGGACCGAUUGGAACCGCGAGGGCCCCAAAAUCGAGAGCGCACACAUGGACGGCACGGGCCGCCGCGUGCUGGUCGGACACGACAUUGGGCUGCCCAACGGCCUGACCUUCGACCCGGCCACCCGCACGCUCUGCUGGGUGGAUGCAGGCACCAAGCGUCUGGAGUGCGUGCGGUCGGAUGGCACGGCGAGGCGCGUGCUCACGUCUGGGAUGCUCUACCCGUUCAGCCUCACCAGGCUGGCGAACUACUUCUACUACACCGACUGGAAGAGGGACGGCGUGCGGGCCCUGAGGAACGAUGGGGCAGACGAGGUGGACGAGUUCCUGCCGGGGCUCCGCACGCACCCCUACGGCAUCACCAUCGCACAGCCGCACUGCCCACCCGGGCAGAACCACUGCGGCGUAAACAAUGGCAGCUGCUCACACCUGUGCAUACCCAAGUCUGGGGGGCGCACCUGCCUGUGUCCCGACACUCCCUCUGCCACCGAGCGCUGCUCCGAGGUGCGCCAGUAACCCAGAGGUCGGACGCGGCCUCGCCAGACCCGCGGACGUUGGACGGAAACAAAGAAAGGCUUCCAAUUCCCGCCGCGGCCGCCGUGAAAGACAAAAACGGAGAAACCUUCGCAAGCGUCGAAUACGUUAAACGGCGAGAGCGGGAGGGUUCCCCCCUCCUACACACACACACACCACCCUACCCAUGCAGUCGUUCCUGGCUGACUUCGCCAGGGCCUUGUAUCCGGUCGUGAAAACAAAAUGAACCCAGAGAAAAUUAGCAGCCACACCGGUGAAUAACGGGCAGCAGCUCGAAUAAAAGACUAAACGUGGUGCCGAAUGCAAUGGAACUUAACACACAAAAAAAGAGCAACGGGUACACUUACACUCCGGAAGGAAUAGGUGGCCAAUUUGUUGGGACGAAAAGCAAAUGUACGCCUACGUUUUAAUUAAAUGCAGUUGCAGCGCUCAAGGCCCUCUUGUCGGCUUGGCCCGGACGAGCGGGCACAGCGCGCUGCUCGGUCCGUUAGGGACGCGGUUAUUUUCCGAAGGCGACAUGUCACCACGUGCCGAGGGCCUCCUCUUCAUUAAAAGUACACAACCGUGCUCUCCCGCGGGAAUCGUGAAACUAAUUUGCAAAUGCGGGGAGUGUGUGUGGUUGCUAAUCUUGCCGUGGGUAUAAUUGCGACUUUUUGAUAACGGCUUGCUAGCUGUAUAUGGCAAAUCCACACUUUUUGUAUAUCUUAUUUGUCUUAAAGGGGGGUUGACCCCAGAAGUGAGAUGAGAUAAUUCUACGGAGAGUUAUAUGCGGAUUGGUUUUUUUAGGGGAAUACACAACAUAUGUCAUUAGAAUCCAACUUAAAUUCGUAUGUUAAUUGCGUAAACAAGCACACAAUGGAAUGCCCUCGUCGUGAUAAGAGAAAAGCUGUACUUACGAAGCAUUAUUAAAUCAAUGAGAAGCACUGUGCAGGGACGUACGUUUAAGUGGCAAGAGUGGAAUAUUGUGAAAAUGGGCACAUUGCACAAGGGCACUAGUGUUAUCUUCUGGGCAUUGUGUUCCGAAUGAAAGAGCGCCUCCGUAUCCUUUUGUUGGCUCACGUUUGUGCUGCCGCAACAAAAGGAGCAUCAUUGUUCCGAGGCUAAUUGGGGGAAUUGACGCAAGCUGCCUGCGUUUGGGUGUUACACCAGAGCAUCGCUCAAAACCAUCAGCACUGUUGGACGACCGCUUUUAGAAAAGUUGACAACAUUUUUAAAAAAUAUAUAUACACAUACAAAUACUUUGUCUAUUCCCACUGGUAAAUACGUAUAGCGUCUAUUCAGCCUGCCGUGUCAUGUAGCCACGCACCGCCGCACACGAACACGGACUGCCACGCGAGGAAGAUGUGAACAUCCUGGGCUCCAAGCGCUGGUGAAAUGUAUUCAGUGGAGUAAAGGAAAUAAAUACAUUUUAACGGGAAUGUAUAUAUGCACGGUUGUGGGAUCGCACGCGUAUGUACAAAGCACACACACACACACACGUGCUGUCAUAUACCCGUUUCCAUGGUAACACUCGAGCGUCGUCACCUAUACAAAUAAAUAUAUUUUUGGUGCUUUUUUUUUUAUCAAACUUGUGUUUCAAUAGUUUAAAGUUAAAUUCUAACGCAGCCCACCCCAGCUCCCCGUUAUUAUGUUUGCCGGUUCUUUUGAGCACUGCGAGUGUAUGUAAUUACUUUCAGAAUAAGGCCAUCUUUUUUUUAUUUUGUACGACAAAGGAUCUUUGUCAAAUACCUUAUUAAAACACGUCAUGCAAUUUAUCGUGAGGCAUUACGGCACUAAUUGCAACUGGUAGAGACGAAUUUUAUAACAGAGCCAUUUUAAAUGGUUUGCCACAGUAUGAAUCGAGCUCUCAAAAAAAUAAAAGAAGCUGUACUUUUAUUUACAAUAUGAUACCUCAUUUUGUAUUCUGUGUAAUUUUCUAUAAUUAUAUCAAAGUAUCUUUUUUUUUUGCGGAAGCAAUUGAAAUAUCAGCUGUCAAAAGAUGAACGCAUUUCAUUUUUUUUUUCUAGGUCAAGGUGCUAUUGUGUUUGUAUUUUCGUGGAUACCGUAGACAAUUUGCUUACGUGGAAAUUAUGUUUAAUCCAAUGCGACUACUUUGUCAUAUUUCACGUUACACUCAUUAUGAAUGCACAACACAUCGAUUAUAAACGCGGCAGAAGUUAAAUCGUGUUAUCUCGUUUAGCGGAACACAUUUUGGAGCCAGAUUUGUGUCUGGGUCUUCAGCAGACUCGCAAACAACGAGACUGCAGCGCCAGUAACUAAAACAACCGCUCGUUUUGUGCUGUUGAUGUCAAUGCUGAAAAUAGGAAAAAAAUGACACUCGACAAAACUCUUGCGUAUUUCAGAUUGUUUCGUUCUUUUUACAAACGUAAAAUCUCGGCAGAUGCGGAAUUAUAUUUUGUCAUUUAUGCAGUCGUAACGAGUUAAGGUACAUAUUGUCACACGCCCUACAUGCAACGGUUUUACCUGCAAAUCAAAACCAAUACUGUAUUUCCAUGCAUUGCAGCUCCUGUUCACUUGGUAAAUGUGACAUUCUGAAAAUUAAAACCACUGCAGCUUAUACCACGCGUUGUGGUGUGAAUGUGCAUAAUAACAACACCACAGUGCUGUAGGAAUAAUAAUUAUAAUACAUGCAAUGUGACCACA